AUGACUGAACUACAACAACAACAACGACAACAACAGCCUUCGUCCUCCUCCAUUGCUCCAUUAUCCAUGACGCCAUCCAAUGAAUCGACUCCUCCUACCACAACUGACAAUGGUUCAGCACUAGCUAUUAGAGCACCGUCUUCUACGUCUCCCACAAGUGACGAUCAGCCUUCUUCUAACAACAACAACAACAACAAUCAACACCAUAGCGAUGCAGACAACGAUAAGAAUGACCUUGACGAGGACAACGACGAGGAGGAGGACGACGACGACAAACAAAAGUUAUCACUCGACCGGGUUCAUUUGACACUGCUUCUAAUUUCGGGAAAUAGACAUACAUUCGAGUUUGACCCACUGUCAACAGUUGCUCAAGUAAAAAAACACGUAAUUACAGAAUGGCCACCAGAGUGGGAAUCGAACCGAGCAGCGCCGCAGUCAGUCGGCUAUCUCGAGUUACUGUAUCUCGGCAAGUUUCUCGAAAACGAUUCUACGUUAGAAUCAAAUCGGCUUCGAGGCGGCGAGUCGUUCACAGUCCAUUUACUCGUGCGCGACCAGCAGCUCAAAUCAGCUGACGGUAAGAUGAAGGAAUGA